AAUCUCUCCCGCUCUGUCUCUCUCUUUCCUCCAUCUCUCUGUGUUCUUCUUACAGACACCGAGAGAAUGGCGGAUCCUGAUUUGUCGUCUCCGUUGAUCCACCAUCAAUCCUCCGAUCAACCUGAAGUUGUUAUCUCAAUCGACGACGACGAGUCAGGACUCAAUCUUCCCGCCGUUGAUGACCCUCGUGUUUCACGUGGUUUUGAGUUUGACCAUCGUAAUCCUUAUGGGUUUCUCAGCGAGUCCGAGCCUCCGGUUCUCGGUCCGACGACGGUGGAUCCAUUCCGGAACAAUACACCUGGAGUUUGCGGAUUGUACGAGGCGAUUAAGAUCGUGAUUUGUCUUCCGAUUGCUCUGAUUAGACUUGUUCUGUUUGCUGCUAGCUUAGCUGUUGGUUACUUGGCUACAAAAUUAGCUCUUGCUGGCUGGAAAGAUAAAGAGAACCCUAUGCCUCUUUGGAGAUGUAGAAUCAUGUGGAUUACUCGGAUCUGUACCAGAUGUAUCCUCUUCUCUUUUGGUUACCAGUGGAUAAGACGGAAAGGGAAACCUGCUCGCAGAGAGAUUGCUCCCAUCGUUGUAUCGAACCAUGUUUCUUAUAUUGAACCAAUCUUCUACUUCUAUGAAUUAUCACCGACCAUUGUUGCAUCUGAGUCACAUGAUUCACUUCCAUUUGUUGGAACUAUUAUCAGGGCAAUGCAGGUGAUAUAUGUGAAUAGAUUCUCACAGGCAUCAAGGAAGAACGCUGUGCAUGAAAUAAAGAGAAAAGCUUCCUGCGAUAGAUUUCCUCGUCUGCUGUUAUUCCCCGAAGGAACCACGACUAAUGGGAAAGUUCUUAUUUCCUUCCAACUCGGUGCUUUCAUCCCUGGUUACCCUAUUCAACCUGUAGUGGUCCGGUAUCCCCAUGUACAUUUUGAUCAAUCCUGGGGAAACAUCUCUCUGUUGAUGCUCAUGUUUAGAAUGUUCACCCAGUUUCACAAUUUCAUGGAGGUUGAAUACCUUCCAGUAAUAUACCCCAGUGAAAAGCAAAAACAGAAUGCUGUGCGUCUCUCACAGAAGACCAGUCAUGCAAUUGCAACAUCUUUGAAUGUCGUCCAAACAUCCCAUUCUUAUGCGGACUUAAUGCUACUCAACAGAGCAACUGAGUUAAAGCUGGAGAACCCCUCAAAUUACAUGGUUGAAAUGGCAAGAGUUGAGUCACUAUUCCAUGUAAGCAGCUUAGAGGCAACACGAUUUUUGGAUACAUUUGUUUCCAUGAUUCCCGACUCGAGUGGACGUGUUAGGCUACAUGACUUUCUUCGGGGUCUUAAACUGAAACCUUGCCCUCUUUCAAAAAGGAUAUUUGAGUUCAUCGAUGUGGAGAAGGUCGGAUCAAUCACUUUCAAACAGUUUUUGUUUGCCUCGGGCCAUGUAUUGACACAGCCGCUUUUUAAGCAAACAUGCGAGCUAGCCUUUUCCCAUUGCGAUGCAGAUGGAGAUGGCUAUAUUACAAUUCAAGAACUUGGAGACGCUCUCAAAAACACAAUCCCAAACUUGAACAAGGACGAGAUUCAAGGAAUGUAUCAUUUGCUAGACGACGACCAAGAUCAAAGAAUCAGCCAAAAUGACUUGUUGUCCUGCUUAAGAAGAAACCCUCUUCUCAUAGCGAUCUUUGCACCUGACUUGGCCCCAACAUAACACAGAGAGACAAAAUGGCUGGCUAAGAUUUGUGAUGGGUGCGAUGAUUAUAAACUUGUCUUUGUGGUAUAUUAUACCUUUUGUUUUGUCUUCAUAUUUCAUUUCAGCUAGUAAAAAGAAGGGACUGCU